AUGUCCGCACUACUGCGUGCUCUUACCCGGGCACUCCCGCGCCACCCACUGCGGCCUGUCUCGGCUGCCACCACCACUUCGGCCGCCCGCACGAUCUCGGGCACAUCGCGGGCAGAGGGGCAUGUUGCGGGCCUAGGGACUACGGUCGAGCUGAACAACGGGGUGGCCAUGCCGCGGAUGGGUCUCGGCACGUGGCAGGCCGAGCCGGGCGCGGUGGGCGCUGCCGUCACUGCUGCUCUCGCCGCAGGCUACAGGCACAUCGACUGCGCCUCGGUGUACGGCAACGAGGGCGAGGUGGGCCUCGCGCUGGCGGCGGCCAUCGCCGAUGGCGUUGUUACGCGCGAUGACGUCUUUGUCACCUCCAAGCUCUGGUGCACCUCGCACGGCACAGACAACGUGGCGCCCGCCCUCGAGCGGAGUCUGGAGCGGCUCGGACUGGACCAUCUUGAUCUGUACCUCAUCCACGUCCCUGUCGCCCUCCGCAAGCGCGCGCCUGAGGACGGGGGCAACGAGGCUAGCGUCGAGAUUGUCCACAUUCCGCUGGCAGAGACCUGGGCUGGCAUGGAAUCUGUGCUUGCGGCAGGCCUCACCCGUGCCAUCGGUGUCUCCAACAUGCCCACCCUCACCCUCAACGACCUGCUCGGCUCGGCCUCUGUUAUUCCGGCCGUCAACCAGAUCGAGCGCCACCCGUACCUUCCCCAGACCGAGCACGCUUCCUGGGCCGCAGAGCACGGCAUCCAGAUCAUCGCCUACUCGCCGCUGGGCAACGCGUCGCUCGACGCCCACGCUGCCCCCGGCGCCCCGCCGCCGCUUCUGGAGCACCCGGUCGUCGCAGACGUGGCCGCCGCCGUCGGUGCUACCCGCGCACAGGUCCUCCUCGCCUGGAACCUGGCCCAGGGCUCGUCGGUCAUCCCCAAGUCGGUCUCGCCAGCUCGCAUCGUCGAGAACGCUGCCUCCAUCGACCUGCAGCUGCCGGCCGACGCCCUUGAAGCCCUUAACGCGCUCGAUUGCGGCAGGCGCUAUCUCGACUUUGCCUGGACUGGCUUCUCCCUCUUUAAGUGA